CCACUGAAACGGAAGAGUGAAACAACAAAUUACAAACAGGGAGUUGGUGCACAGAUAACAGAUUCUGGAUAUGCCGAUGUGAGUAGUCCAAUGCAGACACCAAUCUCAGGGAAAGUUGGAAAGGCACAGAAAGUGCCUAGGACAUCAAAGGCCAGAUCUGCUUCUCAAGCUGCUACCUCAAAUUUAGGAUCCCCUUCAGGAAAUAAUGCUACUCCAGUUGGUCCUUGCCGCUACGACAGCUCCUUAGGUCUCUUAACGAAGAAGUUCAUUAACCUGAUCAAACAUGCAGAAGAUGGCAUUCUAGAUCUUAACAAAGCUGCUGAUACAUUAGAGGUGCAGAAAAGGCGCAUAUAUGACAUCACAAAUGUCCUGGAAGGCAUUGGUCUGAUUGAAAAGAAACUCAAAAACAGGAUCCAGUGGAAGGGUUUAGAUGUCUCAAGACCAGGGGAAGUUGAUGAUAGUGUUACAAGUUUACAGGCAGAAGUAGAAAAUAUGACUAUUGAAGAACGUAGAUUAAAUGAACAGACAAGAGAAAUGCAAGAAAGGUUGACGGACCUGUGUGAAGAUGAAAACAAUCAAAGAUGGCUUCUCGUUACUGAAGAUGAUAUAAAGAGCUUACCUUGUCUUCAGAAUGAAACACUGAUAGCUAUUAAAGCUCCACAUGGCACCACUUUAGAAGUCCCAGAUCCUGAUGAGGCUGUUGAUUAUCCACAAAGGAGAUACAGAAUUGUGCUUCGCAGCACCAUGGGACCAAUUGACGUUUACCUUGUCAGUCAAUUCGAGGAAAAGUUCGAAGAGAUAAAUGCUGUUGAGGCACCAUCAGCCAUGCCUUCAACAUCAGGUUUCAAUGAAAAUGAAACUGCAACAUUGCCUACUGAGGAGAGUGGAGGAGUUGAUGGCAGAAUAGACGAAAAAGAAAAUCAAAGUGUGUGCGCAGAUGUUGGUACUUCGCAGGACUUUGCAAGUGGAAUCAUGAAGAUUGUUUCAGAUGUUGAUAAUGAAGAAGAUUACUGGCUUUUGUCAGAUGCUGAUGUUAGCAUCACUGACAUCUGGAGGGCAGACUCCGUUCUUGACUGGAACGAGUUGAACGUAAUUCAUGAGGAUUAUUCAAUUGCUAACGUCAGUACUCCACGUGCCCAAACUCCGCCAUCCAGUACCACUGAACUGCCUUCUGCAAAUACAACUGGGAGCUGAGUAGUAUUUUCCUGGCAUUACUGUAAAUGCUCAGGCGAUGCUUGUUCUCGGUAUAAUAAAAGUUCUACAUUUGAUUAAAAUCCUCUGUAUAGAUUCUGAAUGACCUAAAGGAAACAGCAAGUGCAUCCGGGAGCUUUUCCCUAAAUGCUCCAUCAGGAAGUUGGCAUUUGAGGCCCAAGAAAUAGGCUUCAUUGUAAAGUUAAUAUAUAUACUUGAAUUGUACUGGUAAUGGCAAUAAUCAGAUGGUUAAUCUGCUGUCUAAAUUCCACUGUGUUAUCUAAUUUUUCUUAGCUUUGAAAUUGUGAUAAGAUGGUUUGUUGCCAUCUAUUGAUGUUGA